AUGGUGAGUCCCUUUCCCUCCCCGCUGGUUGAGGGUCUCGCUGCGGGGAAAGGGCGUUUUGCUGCCUCUCUUUCGUUGGGACUCAUAUUGGGGAGCUGGGCGUUGCAGGGGCGGCCGCCUCCCUUAUUUGUUUUCUUGUGGUUCUCAAAUUGUGACUAUCCAGAUGUUGUUGGACUACAACUCCCAUCAUCCCUGAGCUCUGGCCUUGCUAGCUAGGGGUGAUGGGAGUCGUAGUCCGACAACAUCUGGGGACCCACAGGUUGAGAAAGGCUGGUAGAAUCAUCUGUAGCUCAGCCAGGGAGCAGCGCUCUCGAACGGCCCUUUCUCAGGACCUCUCCGAAGCAUGGUUGUCACACGAUGAUAGGGCACAUAAGUUUUAUGAAAAGAACACCGCGCUGCCCUUGGGGGGGUGGGGGCUGGGCGGUGGGGUUUGGACCUUGUUAUACGAUAUGGGUCGAUUCUCAUGGACAACUGUGGAACGAUACAUUGGUUUGAUCUGUUUUCACUGUACAGCAUAACGUCAAGUUUUGGGUUUCAAUAUACAGUAUUAAUUCUUUAAUGCAAUCUACUCUUUUUUGAAAAUCGUUUACUUAAAGAAAAGAAGCAAAGGUUGUUGUUGUUGUUUCAAAAAAGUCCUCUGGGUUGUUUGCACGGAGUUAAAAUAAUAUACAAUUCUAACAAUAUAACAAUAAUUUUGAACAGCUUAAAUUAGUAAAAAAAUCAAUCAUUUCAAUGCCCUGCCCAAAAAAACCUAGCACAAAUAGCAUAACAUUUAAAUUUCUGAUUUUGUUCAUAUUUUUGUAACAUUUUAUGUGAGCUUGUCUGUAAUGUUUGCUUUUUAUCUGUAUUUUGUUAACAAAUGUUUUACAUUGUGUUUUGUAAACCACUUGGAUGUUGAGUAAACGGCGUAUAUGUUGGUUUAUGUUAUAUCUUGACUGCCUUUCAUUGAGACGACCCUAAUUUUUCUUCUACCUCUGGCUUUGUUUUAGGCCACUGCUACUGACCAGUUGGUUGGGUAUGGCUUGGUAGCCUUCAGUCUCAUUCUCUUUGCUUACUAUACUGUCUGGAUUAUCAUUCUGGUAUGUUAUUUAUUAUUGCUUUUAAAAAAUCUUAUUUUAGUACGUUUAUACCCAGCCUUUCCUCCAAGGCAAGGGUAGGAAAACUGAGUUCUGGGGAUGAAAUGCGGCCCUUAAGGCCUUUCUGUUUGGCCCUCGGAACUGCCCCCCCCCCGAGCUCACCCGUCACCUGCCUGAAUGGAAGGUAGAGAGGUGUGUGUGCAGAAAUUAGCCUGCUGUAUAAGGUGAAAUGUUACAUUCUUUGAUUGGCCCACUUUUGCCUCUGGUCCCACCCAACAUUAGCAUGUGCCUCUUAGGAUGGUCAGAUGGGAAUGUUGCCCCUGUGCUGAAAACGGUUCUCUACUUUUGCUCUAAGGAGCUCAAGGUGCUCUGUAAUAUUCUCCCCGUCCCCAGCUUAUCCUCGCAACAAGCCUGUGAGGGAGGUUAGGCUGAGCAAUAGUGACUGAACCAGCAGCACUUAGUAAGCACUGUGACUGAGUGUGGGUUUAAAUCCGACUCCCUAGUCUCACUUGAACCAUGGCACAACACCGGUUCUUGCAAAUUCAAUUGCAGCACAAUCGUGAUAGCAGCUCUCCCAAGGUUUUGGACAGGGAUUUCCCCCUGUCUUACCAAGAAAUGCUGGAGAUUGAACCUGGGACCUUCUGCAUGCCAAGCAGAUGCUUCAACACUGAGCCACAAACUUCCCAAAGAGUAACAUAAGAAGCUGCCUUAUUCAAAGUCACACAAAUAGCCCAUCUAGCUCAGUAUUGUUAACACUGACCAGCAGUGGGUCCCCAGAUUUUAGAUUGGGGACUUUUCCAGCCCUACAAGGAGAUGCUGACGAUUGAACUUGUGGCCUUUUGCAUUUCAAGCAGAUGUUCUGCCACUUAGCUACAGAACUUCUGUAGGAAAGUCUUUCCAGUCGCCCACUCUGUGGUCCUGUUUACUGGAGGUUUCAGGGGUUGAAUCCAGGAAAUUCCAGAUGCAAAGCGUGAGCUCCCUAACCACUGAGUUUGUGGUCCCUUUGACUUUCACAAAAUCUCUGUGCAAAAAGGUGGAGGGGUGUUGGAAUCUGGUCUGCUGCUGAGGGUUCAGGCAGAAACAUUUUCCCAUUUGCACUCACUGACAUAUGUACCUGUUCCUUCAGCCCUUCAUUGAAAUUGACCACCUGAUUCACAAGUAUUUUUUGCCACGAGAGUAUUCGGUGAUCAUCCCUGUAGUUGCGGGGCUUGUGUUGCUGCUCUUUAUAGGUAAGUCAUAUCUCCAGGUCUUCAUGUUGUGUUUUGUUUUUUUACAGAUGGAAACUUGUGAUAAGGACUUAGCAAGAAAUCUCUGUAUUGAUUCAUAAUAUGGGUGUACUGCCCAAUAAUUAACAUUCUCUGGCCAGCAAAUGAUACAAAAUGUAAAAGCUGUAAAAAAUAAGAAUGGGGGGGGCAAGCCUCCCGAUCUCGUUGCACUACAGCUUCCAUCAGCCCCAGCCAACAAUCUAAAAGGCAUGUCACAGAAAGAAUGAGGAGAUUAAAGCAAACACAGGUAGUAGUUCAGGGGUGGGAAACAUCCAGCCUCCCCAUUUUGCCCACGAGCCCCAACCAAUGCCCACUUGCCCCACACCUGACGUCGCAUGUGAGAUCAGUAGUGGGGCAGGUAGAGACACGGCUGCAGAAAGCAGGAUUGAAUAGCACAUCAGCUGGUGACCAGAGAGUUAAAUCCUGUCUGGUUCAGGCAUGCCAGCAAGUUCUUACUAGAAACUGUUUGGUGUACCCAAACCCUGAAGAAAGCAGGGGGCGGUAAUCCUGCUUGGGCAGUACCUCCCCACAACCGACUGGAAUGGGAAACUGUUCAAGGAAAGGAGUCAGAAAUUGCUGGUCUCUUUGCAGGCCAAUGGAGUAGCCCCACUUACCUUCUUUCCCUCUGCUGCAGCCUGAUGGAAUAGUUGCUGGAAGAUGACAAUCGCUCGACGGGGGUGCCUGAUGGAACUGGCUUCUCAGCAGAACCUGUCUUAUUUGUGUUGCCUGUUCUUCCUUUCACAUAACCUGAAAUGCGCAAUGUAAAGCCUAGGGGGUGAGGAAAUGAGGUUCCUUCCUCACUUUGAUAUAUAGAGAAGAGUUCUUCCAAUGCACCAAUGGUUCUAUUGCCGUACAACAGCUUUGUUUCUUAAAUAACAUGAUGGCCGAGAGUCUGACGUUGUUCAGGGCAGCACAGCAGUGUCUUAAAACAGAUUUCCCUCCCUUUGUGUUUCACUAGGAACGUUCAUAGCCACCAUCACAUGGAAGAACCGGAAGACUGUGAAGAAAUCUGCAUGA